ACUCUGGAUGUGACACUAUGAAGACGUGCAGGCUGGGAUUGUUACCGAUGCUCCUGAUGCUGCCCUACAUGCAGGGGCAUGAGGAGGACAUCCGAGCUGGUUGCAGCACGGCCGCCAACGACCUGGUGUUCAUCAUCGACGGCUCCUCCAGCGUGGGCGUGCCCAACUUCAACACCGCCAAGCGCUGGCUGAUCAACAUCACCAGCGGCUUCGACGUGGACUCGCGGCACACGCAGGUGGGCGUGGUCCAGUACAGCGACACCCCGCGGCUGGAGGUGCCGCUGGGCGAGCACCAGAGCGUGGCGGAGCUGGUGGCCGCCAUCGACGCCAUCGGCUACCUGGGCGGCAGCACGCAAACGGGCCGCGCCAUCAAGUUCGCCGUCCACCACGUCUUCCCGACGGCGUCCGCCAAGCGCGCCCGCGCCGCCAAGAACCGCAUCGCCGUGGUGCUGACGGACGGCCGCUCCCAGGACGACGUGGUGGACGCCGCCGUGGAGGCCCAGGCCCAGAACGUCGUCCUGUUCGCCGUGGGCGUCGGCAACGAGGUCACCACCUCAGAGCUGGUUUCCAUGGCGACCAGGCCGUCCUCGACCUACGUGCUGCACGCGGAGGACUACACCACCAUCGGCCGCAUCGGAGACGCCAUGGCGCAGAAGCUGUGCGAGGAGUCGGUUUGCCCCAUGCGGAUCCCUGUGGGCUCGCGGGAAGAGAAGGGAUUCGACCUGAUCCUGGCCACGGGGAUUCCCGAAAUUGCCCAGAAGGUCCGGGGCUCUCUCCUGUCAGAGGCGGCGUACCUCUUGAGUCUCGGGAUGGACGUCACCAUGGACACCAGGCUGAUCUUCCCCGAGGGUCUUCCUCCGUCCUACGUGUUCGUGGCGACCGUGCGGCUGAGAGCGCCGACCAAUCAGGAGAGCUUUCACCUCCUCAGGGUCCAGAGCAAGAGCGGGUUCACACAAGCUGCCGUGACCCUGAACGGAGUGGACAAGUCCGUCACGUUCAUGACCACCAGCGUCUACGAGGAGGAGCAGUUCGUCAUCUUCAACGACCGUGGAAUAAAGAGGCUCUUUGACGAGAACUGGCACCAGCUGAAGCUAUUGGUCAAGCCCAGACGCAUCAUCUGCUUCCUGGACGACGUGCAAAUCGAGGAGCAGCUCUUGGAGCAGACCGUCCCCAUCUACAUCAACGGCCGUACGCAGGUCGCCAAGGAAACCAGGGCGGAGACAACAGUCCCUAUUGAGAUUCAGAAACUGAGGCUAUACUGUGACCCCCAGCAGAGUGAGAGAGAGACAGCGUGUGAAAUCUAUUCAGUGAAUGAUGACAGGUGUUCUGACCGCUUCCUGAAAACGGGAGAUUGCCACUGUCCAAUCGGGAGCCCCGGACCUCCCGGUCUCCCUGGACCAAUGGGUGAAGCGGGACGGCCUGGGUCCAAGGGACAGCCCGGCCAGAAGGGGCCCAAAGGGGACAGAGGGGAACGGGGCGUUCCUGGGAAAGCCGGACCUCCGGGCCCCAUGGGACCCGAUUGGUCGCGGUUUAACGUGGAUGGAAAGGGGAUAACAUGGAAAAAGGGGUUGCCUGGUCUUCCUGGGAACGAUGGGCCGGCUGGGCCUAUGGGACCGAAGGGCGAUAAAGGAGACACUGGGCUUCCUGGGAUUGAUGGACAGCCUGGGGUUCCUGGAAUUCGCGGCUUACCUGGGCAGCUGGGACCAGUGGGACCUCAGGGAGAUAGAGGCCCGCCUGGAAUGACGGGGUCCACAGGACUGAAAGGACCACAGGGAAUUCAGGGUCCUAUGGGUCCAGCUGGGAUAGAUGGACCUCAGGGCCCAAAGGGCAACUCUGGAGAGAAAGGGCCAGCGGGCAGCCCUGGGCAGCCUGGACUAGGGGGGAACGAGGGACCCCAGGGCCCUCGGGGAAUGCCGGGAGCCAUGGGAAUGCCGGGAUUUAAAGGACACAAAGGUGAAUCAGGGCCACCCGGUCCUGAAGGAAAUCAGGGUGACAGAGGCAGUGAUGGAACACCUGGGCGCCCUGGAACUCCUGGUGAACCUGGACUUAGGGGAAGCAAAGGAGAGAAAGGUGUGGCGGGGGAACCUGGAAACAGAGGGGCUGAUGGGAAAAAAGGAGACGCGGGACCACUCGGAGCCGCUGGACCACCUGGCUCUCCUGGCCGAGAUGGGUUACCAGGGCAACCGGGAGUUCCAGGGUAUCCGGGGAAACCAGGAAAACCCCCCACUGAUGAACACUUAAUUAAGCUUUGUUCUACUGUACUGCGGAAUCAGCUGCCGGAGCUCUUACAGGCGAUCACGCCGACCGGCUGCCGGCAGUGCGAGCCGAAACAGGGAACCCCGGGGGAACCGGGGACCCCGGGGCCGAGGGGCCCGCCCGGCCCUGCGGGCUACCCCGGCACAACGGGCUCACGGGGUUAUCCAGGCCCCCCCGGCAGGGAAGGGCUCCAGGGCAUCAAAGGUGAGAUCGGACCAAUGGGAUUAAAAGGGUCAAAGGGUGAAGGGGACACUGGGAUGCCAGGCCCCCCCGGUCCUGCAGGGCUCCCUGGGCCCCCCGGAGUCGACGGAGAGGGACGUCGAGGGUCCCCGGGUAUCCCUGGCCAGUCGGGAAUGCCCGGUAUCCCGGGGAAACGGGGGCCGCCAGGACCGGCGGGUGCGUGCGACGUCUCCCUGUGCUACCAGGCCUACGGCUUCAGGGACCUCCGCUUCAGCAAAGGGCCGAACUCCUAGUGCUGCUGGGAAAUGUAGUACAGUGGGAGAGCGGAGGGGCGUGGCUUCCACCGGACCAUCAAAUCAACCAAUCGCAGAACGUGAACUGUGUGCAAGUGGUCCAUCUGUGGUGGUGCCGUCAGCUUCGAACUAAAAUCGAUCUAGAAGAGGUCGGGAGCUGAAAAAAUCACAGGACUCCUUUUAUUCUUUUAUUUUGCCAUCUUUCAUUAUGAUUUUGUACCACAGUAGUUUAAAAAGUGAUCAGUAUUUAUGUACACAGACAAAACAAUGUGCACUGCCUUAGUUAUGCUACCUCCAUGCUAGACGCAAGGCAUUGGUCAUUGCAGUGAGUCAGAGGAAUUAUUUUUUAAUUUAAUAUUCCAGGUGGUUUACAAUUAAGAUAUAUUUUUUUGUUCUCAUUCAUAUUCUACUGUCAAACCAAGUGAGUAUGUAUGUUUUUACUUCUUUCCCUACAUGGUGUCAGAUCUACAUCAAAACGUGGGUCAGGUAUUUCACAAUUUUGUAAAUGUCAGAUGCAGCUCGCUGGGACCGAUAAGCCUCCGCACGUAUUUGUACAUCUUUAUCUCAGAUUAUUGGGGAACAACUCUUUCAAAAUGGACUGCUGCAUAAGCAAUGUCUCAGUCGCCUGAAACGCUGCAUGCUUGGUACACUGUUAUCUGCGCGGCCUGUGGGUGUGACUGAGCAUGACUCCUGCAGAAACUGGAGGUUUCAAGGGGUUUAUAACCUGAACUCCAAUUUGUAAAUAAAUAAAUGAAUACAUUUCACAACAUUGAGCCAUGCAGAAAAUAAAAUCAUCAAUGUGAAGAACAGGCUCAGGCUGCACGGCUGGCAUGUUCUUAAGACCUUUUUUUUUUUUUUUUUUUUUAAAUUGGUGGCAUUCUACGAGCCUGUAGCCUAUCCGGAUCAUUUCAUUGGCCGCUUUAGUGCGAGUCUGAGAUUCGGUUGUAGAGAGAGGUUUCUCUUCCUCCUGUUAGCAUCCUCUUUGACGGCGUAGCGUACGCAAAUAACACUCCGUGGGUGGCUCGUCAACUUUGAUUACGCGUGCUGCCGCACUUACUGUAAUUGUCUGUUGCACAAAUUCUAUGACAGUC